UAAAAACGCGCGGAAGCGUUUAUGUACCAUGUCAGUAACUCAGUACUUUAUAAUUUCAUCUUUAUUUCAUUAUUUUCAUCUUAUUCCUUUACAUUUGUUUACGGGCAAAAUUUAUACUUAUAUAUAAAAACUUAUUUAUGAGUAAAAUUUAUAUAUUAAGUUUCUUUAAAAUUCACCGAGGUUGAUGUUAAUAUUUUUUGCAGUUAAGGUUAUUCCUAACCUAAAUUUGUGCGUAGAAUAAACUGGAGCAGCUGAUGUCGAUCUGUCUAUUGUUUUUCGUCAAUAAUAUUCAGAUCAACAAUUUAAUCAUGUUGGUGAACUAUGUCAUUUUUGUAAAAUAAAAGUAGAAAAAAUAUUGGGAAGAGGAAAAAGUGGAAUUGUCUAUGGACAUAGGAAUCUAUGGGACAGAGGUACAUUUACAGAAGAAGAAAAGUUUAUUAAUUAUUAAUAAGUUAAUUUAAGCUGAAAUAAAAUGACCCCGAAAAUCCUAUUCCGUUGGACAAAUCGACUGUUGCGUGGCAAGUUAAACCUGCUAAAUUCCAUGUGUAAUCGUAAUAGUGCGUGCAGUGCUGCGUCGAUGUCCACGUUGCCACCUGAUAGUCCGAUGAACGUGUUCGACAGGAACGCGAAACUGUUGCAACGCGAACGCGCCGCCAAGGAUGCUGACGUUCAGCUCUACGACUACCUCAAGGAUGAGGUGGGCGACAGACUAGCCGAUCGAAUAUUCGAUAUCAAGCGAAAGUUCGGCAGGGCCCUCGACUUGGGAUGCGGCCGUGGUCAUGUGUCCAAGCGAAUACUCUGCGAGUCCGUAGAGGAGCUGGUGCUGGCCGACAUGAGCCCGAGUUUACUGGAGCAGGCCGAGACUAUGGAAGGCGUGAAGGUCAAAAGAGAGGUUGUCGACGAAGAGAAUCUAUCCUUCGAGUCCGAUAGCUUUGACAUGGUGAUUAGUUGUCUGAGUCUUCACUGGGUCAAUGAUCUACCAGGUUGCUUUAGACGUAUCAACAACAGCUUGAAGAACGAUGGAGUUUUCAUGGCGGCUGUAUUCGGCGGCGAUACGCUUUACGAGUUGAGAAGUUCCUUGCAAUUAGCUGAAUUCGAGAGGCAUGGUGGAAUUUCGCCACACAUCUCGCCGUUCGUGGAAAUUAGAGACAUUGGAUCAUUGUUAACAAGAGCAAACUUUACUAUGUUGACUAUCGAUACUGAUGAGAUAGUCAUCGGUUAUCCGAGCAUGUUCGAGCUUAUGUGGGAUCUGAAAGGAAUGGCAGAGAGUAAUGCAGCCAGGAAUCGUAAUUUGCAUCUAUCGAGAGACACGUUAAUUGCGGCUGCGUCUAUAUACAAGGAGCUUUAUGGAAAGACGAGAGAAGACAACACCACGUUCGUUCCUGCCACGUUUCAGAUAAUAUACAUGUUGGGUUGGAAACCAGACGCGUCUCAACCAAAGCCUCUCCAGAGAGGAACGGGACAAGUAUCGCUCAAGGACUUGUACAGACUCGAUGAAAUAAUCAGAGACACCAAGAAAAUAAAACUGGACGAUGAUGAUAAAUAGUUUGUAUUAAAUAGUUUUUAUUUGAUAGCGCGUUAAACAAUGUAAAUAUUGUAUGUAUGUAUGUACGUCGCAGUAAACAUAAGACAUUGUAGAAUUAAAAUGUAGAAAUCCACGAACUAAAAAAAAUAUAUAUAUUUAUAGUUGUGCAUUACAGAGAAUUAUUUAACAAAUAAUAAAAUUUUAAAAAUAUUUGAAUUUACAAAUAGAAAUGAAAGAUUGUAAGGCGUGUAGCGCCUCAUUUGGUAUUUACAAUGUAAAGUUUAAUUAUAACUACUACAAUUCAGUCUAAUGUAUCUUAAUGUUAAAAAAAAUAUCUUUCUAAUGUUUUCCUUAUAUGUUACGAUAUUCAUAAUUAAAUCUGACAAUCUUGCUAUUAGAAUUAAUUGUAAUAUGCAAAUAGUAAUAUCAAUUCCAUAAUUAUGUGAUCAAAUUGAAUUAUAAAAAUCUUUAAAGCUUAAAAUAAAUAAAGCUUUAAUAAUAUAAUUAUGUAAAAAUAUUAUACAACAAUCCGUAAAUAUUUUACAAUAUCUUGUGUUUACUUUUACGCGUGCAAAAACUUAACAAAAUUUGUAUAAAUUGUAUAAAU